GCUCGGGAAGUUAGUGAGCACAGCUGUACGGUGGUUAUAGCAACAGCUCAAGCCACCUUUCUUUUCCAGCGCCUGUUUAUUCAGUAAGAAAAAUACGCCGGCAGUGAGAGGGCGACUAAAAGAACGGCUACAGCCAACUAAAAAAUACUUGCCAUACAAUUUAUAGAAUAUACUAGAUCUUCAUUUCUUUUGUAAAGUAAAAUAGUAAAAACAAAAAAAAAGCCUACGCAAUAUCCGCAAUGCAAACGACAAAAAAGUACCUGAAAUAUGCACAGCUUCUUGCCAGUGUUGUGCUGGUGACUUGUGUGACCACGGCGGCGGCCAGUUCAUGCGCCGGCUGCGUGGAUUUGGAUGAGCUAAACUUCGAUCAGACUGUCGAGCGGUUUCCCUAUGCGCUAAUCAAAUUCGAUAUCGCCUUUCCUUACGGCGAUAAACAUGAGGCCUUCGCGGCAUUCUCAAAAACUGCGCACAAAGUCACGAAAGAGCUGUUGGUGGCCACUGUCGGCAUCAAAGACUAUGGCGAGAAUGAAAACAAAGAGCUGGGUUUGCGUUUUAAAGUGGACGAUAAGAGUUUUCCGGCUAUUUUUCUUUUUAAGGAUGGCAAGUUGGAACAGCCUGUGCGCUUUCCCACACACUUGGAUGUGACAUUGGACAAUUUGAAGCAGUUUGUGACACAGCACACGGAUUUAUAUAUCGGACGCGACGGUUGUCUGAAGGACUUUGAAGAAUUGGUCAAGAAAUACGCUAACAAAGCAAAUGACGAACAAGCGGCGUUAAUUGCAAAAGCGGAGCAAAUGUUGCAAGCUGUAGCUGGCGAUGAGAUGAAGUCGGCAAGCGCCAAAGCCUACUUGGUUUAUAUGCGAAAAAUCAAUGAGAAGGGUUACGACUAUGUGGAGGACGAGACCAAGCGGCUGCAACGUCUGAAGGCUGGCAAGGUGACGGAUGCCAAGAAAUUGGAAUUGCAGCGAAAACUCAAUAUACUCGAGGCAUUUCGUGUCAACAAGCUGACGAAGUUGAGGAGCAGCGAUGAGCUCUAAGUCCAUGACUGCAAACAGUAUUGGCAUUAAGAAAAUGAAAUUUAACUGAAGUGAAGUGCUUUUAAUCCAUAUAAGAGACGUACAUAUGUACAUACAAAUACAAAAAAAAACGUAAUGUAGUUAAUUAAGUGUGUUUGACAGGACAAAAGCGGCAAUAACACAACAAUUUAACGUUGACAAGGGAUUGUAACGCGAAACUUUGCGCUUCGACUAAAUUAUAUUAGUUAAUACACAUGUAUGUAUGUAUGUACACAAUAGUUUAUUUUCGUCUCAUUUAAUAAAUUAUUUGUUAGAUU